CCUGACCCCGGUGCGAGUGAAGGGAGGUUGCGUUUAUAACGCGCCGCUAACCCGCCCCAGAGACGCAUUCGCUCGUUGAAGUUGGCCUGGGGAGCCUGAUUAUAUUCAAGAAUUCGCGGCAAAUUCGUUCGGCCACAUUGUAUUAAUAUUGUCAUUUCGACUAAUCACAAGUGCACACAAUUAGCGUCGACUGCACUGCUGCAAAAAUUAAUCUCGACAAUUCUCAAGAAUAAACGCAAAACUUUCGGUCGCUCAUUUUUGACAAAAGCAGGCUCUUCCUUGUGAAAGUAUUCGCUGAAUUUGAAUUCGAGAAAUUAUAGUGUCAGUUGACAGUUUUUGUUUCAUACAUUCGAGAAAAAAUAGUUAAAUUUCAUUAUUCGAAAUGGCUGUAGCUGCUGCACAAAAAAAUCGCGAGAUGUUCGCCAUCAAGAAAUCAUACAGUAUCGAGAAUGGAUAUCCAGCCAGACGUCGUUCUCUAGUUGACGAUGCUCGAUUUGAGACACUUGUUGUAAAACAAACCAAACAAAGUGUACUAGAAGAAGCACGCCAAAGAGCUAAUGAUUCACCUGUAGAUCAAUUGAAUCCAGACCCAGAAAAAAUGUCUGAUAACUCAUUAGCGUCAUCAUCUAGCGACGAAGAGCAGCAAGAAGAAACAUUGGCUUGUGCUGCUCAAAAACAAGAAGCCAAAGCAGAAGUUUCAUCCGAUGGCGAGGAAAAAAGAGACGAUGACUUUGGUUUGACUGAAGAAGAAGUUGUCCUGUCCCGUACGAUUGCUGAAAAUCCCGAUGAUCAAUCGAUCCAAACUGCUGCAUUGAUUCUCCGUAUGCGAGAUGGAAUGAGUAUGCUCCCACGCAUUCUCAAGACAAUCGAAAGUUUCAAGGGUCAAGUUGCUCACGUCGAAACACGAUCGUCCAAAAAUGAAGGACAGUACGACGUUUUGGUGAAAAUCAAUAUCACUCGCCAGAAUCUUGCCUCGUUAAUUCGUAACUUGCGUCAAGGAACAUCUCUGGGAGGCAUAACUCUCCUUGCUGACAAUACAAAAGCUGUUACUGUCAAAGAUCCGUGGUUUCCUCGACAUGCUUCCGACUUGGAUAAUUGCAAUCACCUUAUGACCAAAUAUGAACCCGAUCUGGAUAUGAGCCAUCCAGGAUUUGCCGAUAAGGAAUACCGAGCUCGUAGAAAAUUAAUAGCUGAAAUUGCUUUCGCUUACAAAUACGGUGAUCCUAUUCCUCAUAUUCCAUAUACCGAGACAGAAAAUGAGACAUGGAAGCGUGUAUUCAACACAUUGGUAGAUUUGGUCCCGAAACACGCUUGCAAGGAAUAUCAGCGUGUGUUCAACAAACUUAUUGAGGAAAAAAUUUUCGAGCCUCAUUGCGUACCGCAGCUCGAACAAGUCAGCUUGUUCUUGAAGAAGAACACCGGAUUCACCCUCCGCCCCGCUGCUGGAUUACUUACCGCUCGAGACUUCCUUUCGAGUCUUGCUUUCAGAAUUUUCCAAAGCACACAAUACAUUCGUCAUAUCAAUAGCCCAUAUCACACGCCCGAACCAGAUGCUAUUCAUGAACUUCUUGGGCACAUGCCGUUGCUCGCCGAUCCCAGCUUCGCUCAAUUUUCUCAAGAAAUUGGUUUAGCUUCGUUGGGCGCCAGCGACGAAGAAAUCGAAAAACUCUCGACCAUCUAUUGGUUUACAGUAGAAUUUGGUUUAUGCAAAGAAGGAACAGAAACUAGAGCUUACGGCGCUGGUCUACUUUCCGCAUACGGUGAGCUUUUACACGCUCUCAGCGAUAAAUGCGAACAUCGCCCCUUUGAACCAUCAGUAACUGCUGUCCAGCCAUACCAGGAUCAAGAUUACCAGCCAAUAUAUUACGUCGCUAAUAGUUUCGAAGACGCGAAGGAAAAGUUCCGUCGAUGGGUAGCUACGAUGUCGCGACCAUUCGAAGUCAGGUUCAAUCCACACACCCAAUCGGUCGAAGUACUGGACAGUCUAGAGAAACUCGAGGGCGCCGUGUCUCAGCUCAACAUCGAGUUGACCCACCUUACAAACGCCAUCAAUAAAAUGAAGGUGUCGUUCGCGUAAGGAUUCCCGGUACCGGUGACUUUGAGUCCAUCUGGUACCGCAGAUAACGAUGACAACGAUGACGCAUUAUAUCGUUACGACGAUUAUCGAACCAAUGAUGGGGACCACAAGUACCGGUAUUCCAGUAAUACGGCCAAUCGUAGAAAACGCGCGCGUUUGCCAUGGCUCAAGUAUAGGAAGCAACUAUGCCAUGCCCUUUGAAAACGUCGUAGGCAAAUUUCCUCUCUAGAUAUGCAAUGGCAAUAUUUAUCCCGCUUUCUUUCAAUAAAUACGAAAAAAUGAGAAGAAAAUUGUCACUCGAGUAUACUUAUGAUAGAACAGUUAGCCAAAGGGUAUAUACAGUAUCGUUAUUUCAAGUUUAUGUAUAUCACGUCGAACAAUAUGAUUCAAUUUAAAAAUGCCAAUAUGUAAAAUUAGAUGAUUUCUGAGAUGAAAUCGAUAUUUAUUGAUAAACAUUGUUGUCAAAACAAUGUUUAUUAUUAAUGUAGGUAGAAUAAUGUAUUCGUAAAAAGCAGUGACAAAAUCAAUACAUGAAUUCAAGACAAUACUUCAAAGUAAUCUAAAAAAUAUAUAUCAUAUAAAAUUGUACAGAAUAAUAUAUCUGUGACAAUAUCGCAAUUGUUAUAUAUAAUUGCAAAAAUAUUACGAUGCAAACAAAAAUAAUUUAUGAUAGCCUCAUACAUAAAUGAAAAAAAUUUAUCAAACAAUGGUUAAUAUGUUCUGUUAUGCUGCUUUUUUAGCGGGUCGUUUCGUUAAUGUUAAUAUUGUUUUUUUGCAUAAAGUCCUUUGUAUAAAGUACCUCUCUGUUACUCUAUUUUUCAUUUUCAGCUAUUUUCUCUUGUAAAAAAAAUUUGCAUGGGUGGUAAAACGUGCGUGACUUGAAAGUAUUAUUAGCUUACAAAUAAGAAAUGCUCGGAGAUUCAAAUAAACGUUCUAAAACUAUAAUCAUUAUCAAAUUACGUCUGCCUAAAAUUUCACUUUUUUCAGAACCUUAAACUUUCUCUUACACUGGCUCUCUUGAUCACUUACUUGAAGUUUCAAGUAUAUACUCUGAGUAAAUUGCACGUUUAUUUGCUAUUCGUUGUAUAUUUAAGUAUUGCGUAUAUUUAUGAUAUAAUUACGUAAUAUGACCUUAUCUUUCUGUAUUUAAAAACUUGUAUUAGAACUAUAAGUAUUAAUGUAUUUCAAUUGAUAAAUACUAUAUGAAAAUGUAUAUCUGUCAAACGAUUUAAAUAAUUUUAUUUCAAAGAUAAAAGUUUGUGAUGACGAUUAUAAAUAAACUUAUAAUAGAUUAAAUGUUGAAACAGGA